UUGAGCUGUCACUUUGUGAUCGAUACAUUGUUUUGAAUAAUUUAAUGACAAAAGAAAGAAAACGGUCGGAGGUGCAAUUUCAAAGCUCUUCCUAAUUUUACUUUUCUAAUUUACUGAUCCUCACUCUCACCUUAUAAUAUUACUUUAAGCUUACAACUUGCACGACAUUCCAAGCACCGCAAUGUCUGAUGCUAACCAGGAGCUACAAGUAAAAAAAUUGAAGAGAUUGUUGGAAGGGUGGCGCACAGCGUUGCUGCCUUUAAAAUCGGUUUUCCUAUGGGAACAACAGUGGCAUCCUUGUGCCAUAGUGGCGUCCGUAUCAUUUCUAUAUUUAAUUAUCUGGUUAAUGGACCUAAACACUCUUGCAACAUUUGCAAUUGUUGGUUUGUUCAUAAACUUUGUUGAUUUCAUUGUUCCCAUUGUUUGCAAAUCUAUCUGUAGUCCUAACUCAUGGUCAGGACAAAAUGAAAAAACGUAUGAAGAUAUCUGUAGGAGCAUUGUAGAAAUGUAUAAUGGGACCUUUAAACAGUUUUGCAAGUUUUACUCACUAAGAGAAGAUAGCCCUAUCAUGUACUACAUAAUUUCCAUCAGUAUGCUGUGCAUCCUGGCUUGGUUGUCGUCAACUAUCAACAAUGUGUUCCUGCUUUACAUAUUCUCGAUUGUGGUGCUCCUGUGGCCUGGCAUUCAGCACAGAGGCAUCUUCAACACUGUCCUGUCCAUGAUCCACAUGGCACCAAAGAUAGCAUUGAAAUCAGAAUAAUUGAUUUGAUAACAUCUAUGAUAUUAUAAGUAAAAAGGUGUAGGUAACAUUCAGUCUUCAAAUAGAGCACACUACCGCACAAACAAUCAAACAUCAAAGUAAGAUGGCAUGAUUCAACUAUUGUAUGGGAUAAAUUAGUGUACUCAUGUAAAUUGUGGCCAAUUAGCCAUAUUUAAAUACCACUUUUGGAGCGCUAAUAACCUAUCUACACCUGUUUACUUAUAAUAUCAUUGGCUUUUAUCAGUUGCUAGCUUUUUAUGUGAUGUAAGUCUGGUCAUUACCAUUUUAAGUUUAAUGUAGCUUAUGUUGUGAGCUUUAAAUUAUUAACUUUUGUUAAAUAAAAGGAUAUGAAUUAAAAUUAA